AUGAGUAGGUGUAGCAGCACCCCGCUUGCAAUUGUCAUUGCUCCGAUCUUAAUUUGUGUAUUGGCUUCGGUGGUCUUGGCCCUAGAAUUUGGGUAUGCAGAAAGUUAUGGACCCGAGCAGUGGGGAGAGUGCAGUGGGAGGCACCACAGUCCCUUAACCAUCGAUUUGGUUAAUGCCGUGGAAAAGAAUUUCACCGAGCUGGAGAUUAUAAAUUUCAACGUGGUGCCCAGGACUUUUGAAAUGUCGAACAAUGGGCACACGGUGCUGGUGAAGAUGAGUUUCAAUAAGGAAACAGUGCCGACUGUAAAAGGAGGUCCUUUGGCGGAGAAAACUCCUUUGGGCUACCAGUUCGAGCAGUUCCACUUUUACUGGGGCGACAACGAGACCUUUAUCAAUAAAGAUGUGGCGAUAAACCAAGCAUAUCUCUUUGAGCUCCAUUUGGUACUACGGAAUUCGGAAUAUCCAAACUUGACAAUUGCUAUGGAGAAGGAUCAUGGAAUCGCCGUUAUGGCCUUCUACUUUCAUAUUGGCUUAGUUCCAGCUAGGGGCUAUACGGACUUCACCGACUUGCUUGCUCAGAUUGACCGGAAAGGCCAAACCGUGAACAUGAACUACCCACUUCCUCUUGGAGAAUACAUUUCGAAGUAUUUGGAUAACUACUUCAGCUAUAGUGAUUCUCUGACAAUUCCACCUUGUAGUGUGGAGGCUACCUGGUUGUAUUUCCCAUAUACCAUUGACAUCUCGGAGGAGCAAUUCAAUGUAUUUCACCGGCUGACUGCCAGCGAUGAUCAUCUGAAGAACGAUUUCCCACCCAGCGAGCCAUUCAACGUAGGCACUUUGUACAAAAACAAAGAAACCCGGAAUGAUUCCUAUAGUGUGCCGCUUGUUAAUGUGGCAAACGCGGCUGAGAAGUGGAUGCCCCAUUUAAUGGGAGCCCUGCUUUAUUUUUGUGUCCUCGUACCGCUGUUAAGGACCUCCGAUUUCAGCGGAUUUUAAUUAGAGUUCGAAGGUUAAAUCGAUAUAUGCCUAGCAUGCGCUUAGGCGUCCAAUUAGGGCUGUAUUUUACAUGUUCCCCUUAACCACGAGUCCCGUCGGCAGGACAUCCAUAUAUCUACGGAAAAGAAAUGGGCGGAAACGGACGGACUAUUUAUUAAGCCCGAAUGGCUUUCUAGCACGGUACCCUUACUCAUCAAUUAUCUAGCCUUUUGAUGUCGCUUCCGUUGACAUUGCACAUUGUGAUUUUACAUCAUUGUCACUGUAAAAAGGUUUUUUACAAAUUAUAUUUGCUUCUG